UCUUUGUUACUGUGGAAACCGGUGAGGUUGAAGGGGGGGUACUGUAGUUGCAAGUGGCGCGUUAAAAGCGUACUUAUUAGGGUUCCAAAGGUUAGCCAACCUCGCUAGCCCAAACAGAGAGCUUCGCUGUCCGCGGUAUCGAAGACGCUUUGCGACGAAGAAGCGGGUUGUUUAUGGAGUAACAUUUUCAGGUUGCCGUAUUUCUCGAGGAACUGCCACACGUUUUGGCUCCAAGUGGCCUUUGCUGCUGACAACCUCCGCUGACAAGGACGCUCAAAUCUUGCACAAUCCAAAAGCUUCCACUACCCCACGCUGUCACUGUAACCACAGUUACAAAGUAACUCCAAACCUCUACCCAUAACACCCCUUCCAGUUUGUAUCCUACUGAGAAACACUUGCUUCCCUGCUGAGCGACAGGAUCCUUUUUAGUUAUCAAAUCCUUUAGAAAACAGGAUGGAUGGGUUAAGAUUUUCAUCAUUGGCCAUUUUCAGAGCUACAGCCACAAUAUAACGGGACAAAGAAGCACAUAUGAAAGCAUUGAUGGGAGAACUGGCAGCCUCAGACCUUGAUGACAAGAGGAGGCCGAUGGAAGAAGAUCGCGAAAGUGAGACAGAGGAUGCAGAGGACGCAUCGGGCCAAAGCAGAGGCAUGCAGAUCCCCACGCACCGCUGGGUAAUGCACGGAGCAGUAAUGUUUGGUCGAGAAUUCUGCUAUGCUCUGGAAACUGCCCUGGUCACACCAGUGUUGCUGCAGAUAGGCCUGCCUGAACAAUAUUACAGUCUAACAUGGUUCCUCAGUCCUAUCUUUGGUCUCAUCCUCACACCUGUGAUGGGCUCGGCCAGCGAUCGCUGUACGCUGCGCUGGGGUCGGAGGAGGCCUUUCAUACUGGCUUUGUGUGUUGGUGUACUGCUCGGUAUGGCCUUGUUCUUAAACGGAUCCUUAAUUGGCCUUUCCAUUGGUGACCGUCCCAGUAGUCAGCCAAUGGGCAUCAUCCUCACAGUUUUGGGAGUGGUGGUGCUGGACUUCUGUGCCGAUGCAUGCGAUGGACCCAUCAGAGCUUACCUUCUUGAUGUUGCGGACACAGAGGAGCAAGAUAUGGCCCUAAAUAUCCACGCCUUUUCGGCAGGACUAGGUGGCGCUUUGGGUUACAUGCUAGGUGGUCUCGACUGGACUGGCACAGCUCUGGGCCAAGCAUUUAAGUCACAGCAGCAAGUGCUCUUCCUUUUUGCGGCCAUCAUCUUCUUUAUCUCCGUCAUACUGCAUAUGUUCAGUAUCCCCGAGAAGCAAUUCGUGGCAUCCCAGCAACUUAAUAUCACAGGAAGAAGGGAUUCUACCAGUCAAUCAACUUACCGACUGGUUAGUCAUACACCACCGCUCCUUGAAGUCAUCGCAGAAGAGGACCCCCUGUGCCGAGAGAACGACCGAUCAGAUUCUGAGGCCAAGUUAAUGGACUUUGUGGCUAUGGAGCGAAUGCGGAGUAAAAGCGAUUCAGUCUUAGCCAUGCCAGACAUGAAAAUCAAGCUGGAUCCUGACCUUGACCUGCAGGUGCACCUUUUCUUGCCAGAGGUACAUCAGGCUUUACCCGGAAUCCAGAAAGGUCUAGAAGAUGUUUUCAAGCCUUCAAACCAGAGUAUUGGGGUUUUAAAUCCUAGUGGACCACCCAAAUUAACAGAUGAAACCACAGUUGUGGAAUCUGGAGAUUCUGCUUUACCUGAUCUUAAUGGUCAGAUUAAUGUUCCUCCUGAAGUUAGUCCUGUCUCUGAGGGCUCAAAUAUUAAAUCAAAGCAGACCAAGCUGGCUAAUGGUGUUGGCGUCAAUGCUGGCUUGUCCCCCACCGAGCACUGCAAUGCAAACAAAAACCAUACCUCCACCAAAGCCGGCACUCGGCUCCUCAGUGCCACGGCUUCUCCACGGCCACGCAAGCAUACAUUCUACCGACAACCCUCUUUCACAUUCUCGUAUUAUGGACGAGUGGGAUCGCAGCGUCACAGACUGCGACGGACAACCACCUCAAGCCCUCCGCCAAUCACCACUUCCCGCAGUCUGAAUGAUCUGAGUGAUCUGCAGCUACAUACAGACAGCAGGGAGUUUCAGUUGUCUGAAAGCAGUCUAUCUUCAGAAGGUUCCAGCAGCGAUGGCAGGCCCAGCAGGGGCACAACCGUACGACUGCUGUGGUUGUCAAUGCUGAAGAUGCCAAAGCAACUGAUGAGGCUGUGUGUAUGCCACCUAGUCACAUGGUUCUCCUACAUAGCUCAAGCCGUCUUCUACACAGAUUUCAUGGGACAAGUCAUCUUCCAUGGUGACCCCAAGGCACCAUCCAAUUCCACAGAGUUUCUGAAUUAUAACAGUGGAGUCCAAAUGGGGUGUUGGGGGCUUGUAGUCAAUGCGGCAACUGCUGCUGUCUGCUCAGCUAUCCUUCAGAAGUACCUGGAUAACUUUGACCUGAGCAUCAAGGUCAUCUACAUUAUGGGGACUCUGGGUUUUGCAAUAGGAACCGCGGUGAUGGCUAUCUUUCCAAAUGUGUACGUUGCCAUGGUAAUGAUCAGCAGCAUGGGCAUCAUCUCUAUGAGCAUGUCCUACUGUCCUUAUGCCUUAUUAGGACAGUAUCAUGAAAUUAAAGAGUUCGUCCACCACAGUCCUGGCAACUCUAGAAGAGGUUUUGGCAUUGACUGUGCUAUCCUAUCAUGCCAAGUCUAUAUAAGCCAGAUUCUGGUCGCAUCAGCGCUGGGAGCGGUCAUCAAGGCCGUCGGCAGCGUGCGAGUCAUUCCGAUGGUGGCCUCUGGCAGCUCCUUCCUCGGCUUCCUUGCCGCCUGUUUCCUCGUUAUUUAUCCUGACGAGGAUUCGGACAAGGAUUCCAGCGAUCAGGAGUUGCCCUGUUUGUCAGAUGAGCUGGGCCACCAUGAAGAUGGUGGCGAGACAUUGGCUUUGCAGAAGCUGGCUGACAGAGAAGGCCUUAAGAAUUCUGAGAAGCACCCAGUCGCAUGAGCACAAACGAUUCUUAAAUGUUGAAGGAGGAAUGAGAUGAGACUAGGCAGAGAUGGAAAUGUGUGGCAAAAAAUACCAAAUAAUAAUAAUAACCACAGGAAUAUUGUGGGGUUGGAUUUGCACAGAUAUGUCUCCUUUGUGUGAGGAGUUUUCUGCACGUCCCUUUAUUACCUCAGCCCAAACGGGCUAAAGUGGACUAGAUGGACCAAACUAGGUUGGAAGAAAGUUUUACGAGAUGUUUUCCGGAAAGCUCAAAAUGAGAAGUCACACACAGCACUUUGUCUCAUUCCUGAGCUGGUGAUCCUGCAGAAUUAUGUAAUGCCUUCCAGCUGUUUCACAGAUUAUCACGAUGCUGUCGGCUAAGGAGAGAUGUAAAUUUGUGUUCCGGUCAGGUUAAGGAAAUGGCAAACCUCUAGAUUUCAAUUAUCAGCAGGUUUUUCUGAUGUGCUUUACACACGCACAGACUGAUGUGCUUUAUUCACUGUGAUCACAAGGUAAACAUUCAUAUAAGCGGCUUCGGCGCCAUUAGUUAGAGCCUGUAUUUUUGUUUGGUGAUGAGAGCACUGUGCUCUCUUAUGCUGUGACCACAUUGGCAUUGAAUUGCAUUGUGAAAUGAUACAUUAUGCCAGUUGCGCCAAGUUUUCAACCACAGGUACAUUUCAAUUUCCUCGCUCACAUCCUCAAGAGCCUAGGUUAUAAACACCAUGAAAUAUGCAAUGCUAUUCAGGAGUUGUAAUUCUACUAUGCAGUCCGAUGAGUUACUGUAAGUGCCUUUAAGUGCAGGAGAGUGAAUGCAGUUGGUUAUAAUUUGGGUUGUGCAACAAUUUACUCGGCAAGCCUCAGGACAUGAUGCAGAUUAAUAUUUACAAAACUAAGUAACCAAAGGACUUUGGUUUGUUAUUCUACUGGUGUCAUAUGGAAGCCUGAAACGGGGUGUUUUUGAGUUUGUGUAGUUCUGUGUGUGGAAAAUGUUUGAAUUUUAUCUAUAUGUUAAGACCUUUUAAGAAUUGAACCCUUAUUUUGUUCCGUUCUGGGUUGAAAGUUAAUCACCAAUGUUUGGGGUGGUUUUGCUGCUGUACAGAUUUUUAAAAAAAUUUUUUAUACAAGGUUCUAACUGUUUCCAAAGCAAAUACUUUGAAGAGACCGCUAAAUCCACCUACAGUUGCCUGUCAUUCAUUGACAACACCUUCCAUCUGCACACAUAUUGAGCCCUUUGUUGGUUUGACUUUUUGGAAUGAUAUACGGUAUAAGGGGUUUAGGCCAGGAUGUCAAUUACUUUUUCUUUGUGAAGCUCACUUCACAUGCAAGGCUAACUGUGGGUUUUACAAUGUUUAAAAAUGAUAAUACAAUCAACAAAAUACAACACAUGCAUAACCAAAUUAUGUAUUUAGGUACAAGGUCAUGUAACUACACCAGUCGUAGGAUGUGAAAAUCAAUUACAGUUCUUACGGGUAGCAAGUGAAAUGAUGACAACAUUUGUGAAAUGGUGCAAGUUCUUCACGCCAGUAAUAAUACAGACGGCUGCGUAUUUAAUUCCAACUAGUAGCUGAAUGCUUGAUUCAGGAAACCCGAGCACCCAGAGAAAACCCACACUGGCACGGGCCAAACAUGCAAACUCCACCAGACCGCCUAUAAAAAUGUAUGUAUUGUUUUUACACCUAUACUUAGAUGCACAUGCAUGGAAGUAGGUUCAUGUAAGUUUAGGUGCGUAAUCUGUUUAUGUAUGUCUGUUUAUGUAUGUAAAUGCAUGACUUUACUAAACCUGUCAACACUGUAACAUCUACAUUAUCAAUGCUCACAACCUGUCCUGCAACAAACAGCUAACCAAGCACAGGUACGAGGUUACUGGACUUGCACUGGAUGUUGGAGAACAACACAGCAGUUCUGACAUGUACUCAUGCAGCAAUGAUGGGACAAUACUGCAGUGGGAUUCAUCCAACCUGAAGUUGAAGCGACAGUUUCACAUUAGCUGCAAGCAUCUCCUCAAUACAGAUCCAUGGCGAUACACUGUGGUGCUGCUGCGGCGACACCAUUGUGGAGCUAAAAAAUAGCGGAAUGCCACAAAGAAGGCUGGCGCUGCCGGGGCACCUUCGAGGCCCAACAAGUAGAUUCACCGACUUGAUUGUCAUCCCAGAGCGAGGUGAGCUCUGGACAGGAUUGGCAGACUCCGGUGAGCUCUAUGUGUGGCACGCUGAUGGCCAUAAAGCUGCUUUCAAGAGGAUCUCCCUGACAGGCUGCUCUGGGGUCAGCUGCAUGAUCCGAGUCAAGGACCAGAUCUGGGCCGGCUGCUGUGCAGAGAGCGGUGUGGGAGGUCAUUGUGAUGGUCAGCUGAGAGGCCAGUUAAUGGCGGUGCAUCCAGAGAGUGGCAAAGGAGCUGCAGGCCCAUUCAGACAGCAUCAAGACACUCUGCUCUGCUGAGGACCGCUACGUCCUGAGUGGAUCUUCGCAGCAUGAUGCUAAAAUAGCCAUAUGGAAAGUAGAGUAGGACACAAACUGUAGAAUGAAGGGAAUGAGUGAGAAAUUUGAGGAUGCAGCAGACACAACAGCUUAGAUUUUUUUGUCCCCUUUGCUGAUGACAAUUCAAGCGCUCCAUUCUAUAUGUUGAAUGAUAAAGUUGAAACUACCCCAAAAUGUGUUUGACUAUAAAUGGUCAAUGGAAGGUACAAUAUACAAGAACUCUAAUUUGGUCUUUUGAAGUGAAAAUGUGUCGAUGCUUUUUGGAACACUCACUUUUUUUCCUUCCAAAUAUUGUGCUAAUUCCUUCAAAAAUUCCUCUUUCAAAGAUUCCAAGGUAUUUCCUGAUCGAAUUACAGAUGAAUAAAUGACAGAAUUUUGCA